AGCUUCUGGUCCCUGUCUUGGUGAAGAGAUCUCAUCAUGACCUGUCUUAGAAUUUUGGUGCUGAUAGCUUCAAUUGGAUUUGCUCAUGCAACGUUUGACUGUCGACGCCCUAACCAGGCCUGCAUGAAUGGCGGUAGCUGCACCUUCACUUCCGCCGACUGCACUUGCGACCCCGCAUACGGUGGAUAUGACUGCGGUCUGACACUAGCUGACGUUGACCAAAACAGCUGUACCUCAUCUACAUGUCUCAAUGGAGGUACCUGCUUUGACGACGGUGUCCUCGGCGCCAAAUGUUACUGCGACAGCGAAUACUACGGAGAUACGUGUGAAAAGAAUCGAUUUUCCCUGACCUGCGUUGCGGACUUGAUGGUUAUAGGGAUAAACCCUUACAGUGCUAGUGGUUACGAGGCUUUCGUGGAGGACAAGAAAGGCAUCACUGGCUGUGACUCCCAGUCAGUGCCGACUCCGGUAGACACGUUCGACAAGAUCCCUGACAGCUGGGAGGGGCAUUACAUCCAAGUAGAGCAUGACAGUGCAGCCUGCGGCCCCAGUGUGCCAGUCAUUACUUCCGGCAAAAAAGAAUUUGACCGCGUGGUGGUUGUCAAAUACAGUCCGAAUAUGCUGACCGACAUCGACGACCGCUACUAUGUUAAGUGUAUCCUGGAGGACAAUGUCGUCGUGGACAGCAGCGUUGUCAAGAUCAACGUCAAUGGCGUGAAUAGCCAGCACGAAGUGUCUCGCGAGGAUAUUGCCAAGGCGGUGGACUUCUAUUUGUUUGCCAAUAACGUCUUCUACAACGGAGAUCCCGUGGACGUCGGGACAGAGCUUCGAUUCGUGUUUGGCAUCCAAGGAGUAUACACGUCAAUGCGGGUGGAGGAGGGGGAGGCCAACAACACCAUCUCCAACGACACGAAGACGCUGAAGCUGAUAGAAGGAAGCUGUGUGUACGCUGACGGGUUCCCUGUCAUCUCAGAGGCAGUCACGCCCGACCCUUCCAACAGCAGGGAGUUCAAUCUGAAAAUAAGGGCUUUCCACUUCGACGGAAAUGACGAAGUGAUUUUCUCCUUCCGGGUCAGAGUUUGUGUGACAGCAGACAACUCGGCCUGUGACCCGGCUACCUGUACAGCUCCAGACGGCGGUUACGGCAGAAGGAAGAGGGAUGCCGGGAAUGAGGUGCAGCUGCACAAGGUGGUGAAGAUCCGUAGUCAGGGCGGAGGAGAAUAUGGAGAAAACGUCUACUCCAAACCAAAUGCCACCCCCGGCGUCACUGCUACGGGCUGUGAGACAUCUUGGGAGCUCACAGCAACCCUUAUUGCCAUGGCUGUGGCCAUCUUCUUCCUUAUCGUCCUCUCUGCCACCCUCAUUGUCAUUGUUGUCAUGUUUCGUCGUCGUCGUCGCAAAAAGGAGUCCAAGAUCGAUGUGUACGUCGCCCCCGUCACCGCCGAGAAGCACCCAUGAUCAGUAAACCACGCCAGAAUUAUGCAUAUUUACCUCAUAUAUGUAGACAGCACACACAACACCAUAAAUCAAAUUAAGUUGCAAGUAAAGUUUAUGAUGUUUGGUGCGUGGAGUUUAGGUUUUGUAUAUCCCCCGAUUUACACUGAGUAUGUCAUUAGUGACAGCUGGUAUGAACGGAAUGAUUGAGUGAGUGAGUGUUGUUUAAUAUCGCAGUCAGUAAUAAGAAAUAUUCAAAACGUCAACUGGAAAAAGUCAGUCUCUAAUGUUGUGCCGAAACAGCUUAUACAGGACGUAAAAGACGUGAUUGAAAGUAUUGUCAUUGGACGACUGAUCUAGGUGCUUGCGACAAGGGUAUGCACAUCCUGUUCUACCGGUAGCACGCGUCAUGCACUCAAUCUUCAUAACAAGUAAGUGCCAGUGAGUAAGGAGUUGUGAAAACUUAUCCCUGUUUUAACGACGGAGUGUAAAUAUUUGAGUCUGGUUCAGGCAAACAAAAUCUUCCCGAUAAUGUCCAGUUUCCGCCCUUGCUGAACUAGGCUGCAAUUUUGGAGUUAUAAUUUGGCUGGACUAACGAGUCUAUGUAUAGUCCAAUCAGAAAUCGAUAUUCUGUUCGUGAACUGCCCUGCAGAUUUCGGUCGAUUGCAGGAUUUGCACAGCAUGUGUAUUGACAACUUCGCGUCGACAGAUAUUUUUCAAAUCUUUUAAUGUUUAUAAUCAAAGUGCUCACGUGAUUUGAUGCACUUCGCGAAGUAAUACAAGUUUUAUUUACAAAAUAGAUCUUGAUUAUCAGAUCGUCGUCAAUGGGUGACUAUUCUAUCUGAAGUGAUGUGAUAGGUGGAACCAUUAUUGGUUAAUAGAAGGGACAUAGAAUGGACAUAUAUAAACGCCACUGAUGGCGCUACGAAACUGGAAACUGGAAAAUGGACUUUUACAGUCAGUUUUACUGGCCCUACCAGUAGCACCCGCUUCGCAAACAUUUCCACGAAAAAAGUAUGUGUUUGUUGUCUAACGUCUCCCCCAGCAGCCAAGAUAUAACACACAAAGGUUAGGGGUGUAUAGUGUAUGUUGUACAUUGUCUUGUAACAUUUUAUGGUUAUUCACGUUAUUAUUUCAUAAUGUGGGUAACCUUUUUGAGUCGCAUGUUUACACGUAUUGAUGAUAUCGUAUGCAUUUUGAAGCUUUGUUGCAUACAUGUACCUUUGUCAUUCUGAAGAAUUCUUUGAAUACUCUUCUUGGUGCCUCUCGUAAUACCCUUAUAUACAGGACAUUAAAGGCAAUAGUAUUAUAAUUUGAGUUCACGCAUGUGCCAUUGACUUCACGAGAUGUAUGAUGAUUGUGAAUAAAAUUAUUUUAGUAUUUA